AUGUUUAACCAGGGAACUCUAAAGAGAAAAUUACAACGGGAGAUAGAUGAUGGUCAAUGCAUCAGUUUCCAACGGACAUUUCAGGUCACGCAGGACAUGAUCCAUCGGCUUGGAUUAGAGAAAGAGCUUGAGGGUCAUCAAGGUUGUGUAAAUUGUUUAGAAUGGAAUGAAAAAGGAACUCUACUUGCCAGUGGGUCAGAUGAUGUCCAGAUUAUUGUGUGGAAUCCUUUCCGACAUAAACGUCUAACCACAAUCAGGACAGGACAUCAGGGAAAUAUCUUUUCCUUGAAGUUCUUGCCCAAUUCAAAUGAUUCAAUUAUCGUGAGUGGAGCAGCUGAUUGCAAGAUUCGUGUGCAUGAUGUGAACAUUCAAGAGACAACCCAUGUGUUUGGCUGCCAUGCUGGACGGGUCAAGCGACUAGCCACAGCGCCAAAUGUGCCAUUUAUGUUCUGGAGUGCUGCAGAAGAUGGAACUAUCAUGCAAUUUGACCUUCGAACCCCAGAAGCCUGUGAUAGUACGCCCCGCAAUGUGCUCAUUAAUUUAAAUGCACAUAUGGGGCUGCAAGCUGAGGCCAAGUGCAUUGCCAUAAACCCUCUGCGGCCAGAUGAAAUGGCUGUAGGUGCCAAUGAUCCAUAUGUUCGAGUCUAUGACCGGAGAAUGCUGUCGUGUAAAAGUAUUAAAUUCCCUACUGAUAAUGGUACAAGGUUACAAUGGGAUAUCCCCGUGAUUCACCCCAGCCUAAAAGAAGAGGACUACAGCCUGCACGCGGGCUGCGUACAAUACUUUGUAGCAGGCCAUCUUCCUCAGAAACAAAUGGAUUACCGGAAGCGAUACCGCACCCUAGCAUCCACCUAUGUCACAUACAGUCCAGAUGGGUCAGAGCUGUUAGUUAAUUUAGGUGGUGAACAAAUUUACCUGUUUGAUGUAAAUAAGAAGAGAAAACCACAGAAGUUUGAUAUGUCCUUGGUCCUUGGAAGCACAAAUGGCAUUGUUAAAGAGGCAGCAUUCUCAAGCAAUGGUUUUAGUUUCCCACACCGAACCGGUACCAAUGGGGUAAGGACACCCCUUGUGCCCAAACCAAAUUGUCCAACGUCCUCUACUUCCUCUUGGCCAACCUCACUACAAGCAGAAGAUGAGUCAGAAAAAUAUAAAAAUAGAACUGGAAAAAGGCAUAAGCGAGAUUCAAAACAUCUCUCUCCUCCAGUUGAAGCUCUUAAGCGGAAGGCUAACAGUUAUUUUGAGAAAAAUCAAUGUACAAAAGCCAUCAUCUUGUAUAACCAAGCCAUCUCAAUGAUGCCCCAUGCUUCUGUUCUUUAUGGCAACAGGGCUGCAGCCUAUAUGAAAAGGAAAUGGGAUGGGGAUCUUUAUGCUGCCUUGCGAGAUUGCCACAGUGCUCUCCAGCUUGACUUCAAUUAUUUAAAGGCACACUAUCGCCUUGCCCGAUGCCUCUAUGAACUGUCAUGGCCACAAGAGGCACAUGACUGUCUACAACAAUUCAAAACUAAAUUUCCAGAUUAUGCAAAAAACAGUGCUUGUGAGGCACUUGACCGAGAUAUAAAAGCAGCAAUGUUCUCAAAAACUGAUCAUGAUGAUUCUGAGGCAGGCAAGAGUGAGAGUGAUGCAUCUUCUCGAAAGAGGGUGGCAGCCAUUUCUGAGCAAGAGAAAGUGUGGCGUAAUGAUGCAUAUGAUUAUGAAAUGAGAUUCUGUGGGCAUUGUAACACAACCACAGAUAUCAAAGAGGCAAACUUCUUUGGAAGCAAUGGGCAGUACAUUGUGGCUGGCUCUGAUGAUGGUUCAUUCUUUAUUUGGGAGAAGAGUACUACCAAUAUUGUGCGGGUGCUUCGUGGUGAUGAAUCUAUAGUCAAUUGCUUACAGCCACAUCCCAGCUACUGCCUUUUGGCUACAAGUGGUAUUGAUCCUGUUGUGCGAUUGUGGAGUCCACGGGCUGAGGUAAGUUCUCUUCCUCCUGUUUCACUUGUUUAA